UGGUAAGCCGAAAAUCCAAACAGUGAUGAGAGUGAGGCCCAGCAGUUCGGUUCGACAGCGAUGAUUUGGCUUUUAUGGACGGCGGUUGCCAUGAGCGUGCUCCUGCACUGGCUCUAUAGGGUAAACAAUGAAUACUAUGUGCUGGCCUUCUUCGCAAGGAGGAUUCGGGCCAAGGACGGACGGCCUCUGGAGAGCAUAGUUCCCAUGCCCAAGGGAACCACUGUGUUUGCCCACUGCUUCGAUCUGUUUGGAAAAGACCCAGUCGAAGUUUUCAGCCACCUGCGCCGGUUAUCAGAGAGGUUCCAAAACAGUUAUAUUGAAUAUAGCUUUGGCUUGUCCAAUAUUCACAUUACCGAUGCCCACAACGCGGGUAACGUACUAAGGGAUCCCAAACUACUAACCAAGGGCAUGGUGUACGGAUUUCUACAGCCAUUCCUAAGGACUGGAGUGCUGACGGCAAAUGAAAAGAAGUGGCACACGCGGCGAAACAUGCUCGCUAGAACCUUCAAUUUCGACAUAUUAACGCAGUUUCAACUGAUCUUCAUAGCGGAGAGCUUGAAGUUCGUUCAUCAGUUCGAAGAUCAAAAUGAGUGCAUUGUGUCUCUGCCAGAGCUCAUAGCCAGGUUCACCUUGAACAGCAUAUGUGAAACUGCCAUGGGCGUCAAGCUGGAUGAAAUGGCGGAGAAGGGCGACUCCUACCGAGAGGGCUUCCAACGAGGCAACGAAGGAUUCAUAAAGCGCCUGACUAAUCCACUCUUUUGGGACGAUUCCAUAUACCACUUCUUUUUUGGUCGAUCCAAUGACUUAGCCCUAAAGGUGAUUCAUGAGUUAUCCAGCGAAAUAAUAUCAAAACGAAGAAUUCUGCUGGAAGAAGAGCUGGAAAAUAGACGUGCCACCCAAACGGCUGACGAUGAUAUAUGCUCACCUAGAAAUAAACCCUUUGCCAUGCUCGAUACCUUGAUUUGUGCCGAGAAAGAUGGCCUGAUCGACCACAUUGGCAUUUCCGAGGAGGUGGACACUCUCAUAGCCGAGGGCUAUCACACAACCUGCAUAACUCUAGUCUUUGGUCUAUUAUCCAUGGGUUUUCAUGCUGAUGAGCAGGAACUCUGCUACCAGGAGAUCGAGGAGCACAUUGAGGACGACCUUAGCAACCUAAACAUUGGUCAGUUAAACAAACUUAGGCACCUCCACUACUUCUUGAUGGAGACCAUGCGACUGUAUCCCUCUAUUCCAAUGAUUGGCAGACAGACAUUGGAGGAAACGGAGCUGGACAACGGCUUGGUCCUGCCCAAGCGGUGUCAGAUCAACAUACACGUAUUUGACAUCCAUCGCAACCCUAAGUACUGGGACUGCCCUGAUGAAUUCCGCCCGGAAAGGUUUCUGCCCGAGAACUGCCAGCUGCGGCAUCCCUACGCCUACAUCCCUUUUAGUGCUGGACUUAGGAACUGCAUUGGCCAAAAGUAUGCCAUGCAGGAGAUGAAGACCCUUAUAGUGGUCAUUCUCAAGCAGUUCAGGAUCCUGCCGGUUACCGAUCCCAGGUCCAUUGUCUUCGCAGCGGCAGCCACCUUGAGCUUCAAAAGCCAAAUAAAAGUCAGGCUUGUGAGGCGGAAAUGCAAAUCAUGAUGAUGCAUUGUGAAAACCAUGUAGACGCAGCCUCUCCCCAUCAAACGAUCCGGUUUAAGUACUAAAUUAAUUUGAAGUAAAUAUUUAAAGUCACUUAUUAUAAGAAGGCAAAUCAAAGAAAAAUGUUUGGAUUUGUAAAAAACUUUAUGUUUUUCGAAUCACAAAGACUAAAACACAAUAGAAACAAUCGAUCAUAUUGCUUGAGGAAAAUAAACAGCAAGUUAAAUUUAA